GCGCUUUUUCUCGUCAUGGACAACCUCGGAAAUGUCUUUCGUAUGUUUGAAGCCCAUAUGCAAAGCUACAAGGGUAAUGACCCACUUGGAGAAUGGGAAAGCUUUAUGAAGUGGGUAGAAGAAAAUUUUCCUGACAAUAAAGAACACUUGGUGACAAUAUUAGAACAUUUAAUGAAGGAAUUCUUAGAUAAGAAGAACUACCACAAUGAUUCAAGAUUCAUCAGUUACUGCUUAAAAUUUGCUGAGUACAACAGUGACCGUCAUCAGUUUUUUGAGUUUCUGUACAGCCAGGGAGUUGGAACCAAGUCAUCAUAUCUAUACCUGUCCUGGGCAGGGCAUCUGGAAGCCCAGGGAGAGCAGCAGCAUGCCAGUGCUAUUUUUCAAACAGGAAUUCACAAUCAGGCUGAACCUAUGGAACUACUACAACAACAAUACAGGCUAUUCCAGGCACGCCUUACUGGAACACAUUUGCCAGAUCAAGCUACAACCUCAGAACCUUUGCAUAGUGCACAGAUUUUAAACCAAGUUAUGUUAACAAAGUCAAGUCCAGAAACAGAAAACUCAGCUUGCGUUCCUAGGAGUCAGGGUUCAGAAUGUUCUGGUGUGGCACCUUCUACUUGUGAUGAAAAGUCUAACAUGGAACAAAGAGUGAUCAUGAUUUCCAAGUCAGAAUGCUCUGUCAGCUCAUCUAUGGCGCCCAAGCCUGAAGCUCAGCAAGUUAUGUACUGCAAAGAAAAGCUUAUCCGUGGAGAUUCGGAAUUUUCAUUUGAAGAGCUGAGAGCCCAGAAAUACAAUCAACGAAAGAAGCAUGAACAGUGGGUUAGUGAAGACAGAAAUUAUAUGAAAAGGAAAGAAGCAAAUGCUUUUGAAGAGCAAUUAUUAAAACAGAAAAUGGAUGAACUUCACAAGAAAUUGCAUCAAGUGGUGGAAUUGUCUCACAAGGACCUGCCUGCUUCUGAGAACAGGCCUGACGCUAAUCUAGUAUGUGUGGGACAAAAUACAUGCUCCCACCAGGAACUGAGGGGUCCAAGUCUUUCAUCCAUCAAUCAGCAGACCUUAGAGAACUCAGGAGAGAAACCACUGGAAGAACCUUCUGUUCCUCUUAUGGUAAAUGCUGUUAACAGCACUUUGCUGUUCCCAGCCGUCAGCCUGCCAUCUCUUCCUAUUCCUGUAAGUGGCCAGUCACAGACAGACUCCAGAGGUGUGAAUCAAAGUAUUCGUGAAUUCAUGACACAGAGUGGACCAGACAAAAAAGAAGUAUGUGAAACAAAUAAAGUUGCCAACAUUAAUGACUUUCAUACAACUCCAAACACAUCGUUGGGAAUGGUUCAAGGAACACCAUGCAAAGUGCAGCCAUCACCAACUGUCCACACCAAGGAAGCAUUAGGUUUCAUCAUGGAUAUGUUUCAGGCUCCAACACUUCCUGACAUUUCUGAUGAUAAAGAUGAAUGGCCAUCUCUAGACCAAAAUGAAGAUGCAUUUGAAGCCCAGUUUCAAAAAAAUGCAGUAUUUUCAGAGGACUGGGGAGUUAAAAAGAUUAUGACUUUAUCAUCUGCUUUUCCUAUUUUUGAAGAUGGAAACAAAGAAAAUUAUGGCUUACCACAGCCUAAAAAUAAGCCUUUAGGAGCUAGGACCUUUGGAGAACGAUCUCUCAGCAAAUGUUCAUCAAGAUCAAAUGAAAUGCCUCACACUGAUGAGUUUAUGGAUGACUCAACAGUAUGUGGUAUUCGCUACAACAAAACCCUAGCUCCCAGUCCUAAAAGUAUAGGAGACUUUACAUCUGCUGCCCAGCUUUCAUCUACACCAUUCCACAAAUUUCCAGCAGAUCCAUUGCAGAUUCCAGAAGAUAAAGAAAAUGUGGUAGCCACACAAUAUACACAUAUGGCUUUGGAUUCUUAUAAAGAAAACAUGGUGGACCCCUCAAAAGACAGAAAGCUUGGUCUAAUUCAAGAGAAAAUUUCAGCAUCUUUACCCUGUCCUAGUCAGCCUGCCACAGGUGGUUUGCUCACCCAGGAAGCAGUGUUCAGCCUUGAGGCUUAUAAAUGCACAGGCACUGACCGUGCGAUCAUGGAAGACCUAUCAGAUGCCAGCGCUGGGCUCCAAGUUGAAUGGGUGCAGACUAGUUCAUUUGGAAAUGUCAAUGCUCCAAUCUUUACUAUUGAGAACCCAUGGGAUGAUGAAUUGAUUCUUAAACUUCUAUCUGGGCUUUCUAAGCCAGUUACUUCCUAUUCAAAUACUUUUGAGUGGCAGAGUAAACUUCCAGCCAUCAAGACCAAGACAGAAUUCCAGUUGGGUUCUUUGCUGGUCUAUGUGAAUCAACUUCUUGGAGAAGGAGCCUUUGCUCAAGUCUUUGAAGCUAUUCAUGGAGAUACCAAAAGUAAACAGAAAUGUAUUUUGAAGGUGCAAAAACCUGCCAACUCCUGGGAAUUCUACAUUGGGAUGCAGCUGAUGGAAAGACUAAAGCCAGAAGUACAUCACAUGUUCAUCAAGUUUUAUUCUGCUCACUUAUUCCAGAAUGGCAGCAUAUUAGUAGGGGAGCUCUACAGCUAUGGGACGUUACUAAAUGUCAUUAACCUCUAUAAAAAUACCUCUGAGAAAGUGAUGCCCCAAGCUCUCGUCAUUACUUUCGCUAUCAGAAUGCUUUACAUGGUUGAACAAGUCCACAGCUGCGAAAUCAUUCAUGGAGACAUUAAGCCAGAUAACUUCAUACUAGGACACAGACUUUUGGAACAGGAUGAUGAAGACUUAGCUACCGGCUUGACAUUGAUUGACCUGGGUCAGAGUAUAGAUAUGAAACUUUUCCCUAAAGGAACUGUAUUUACAGGAAAGUGUGAAACAUCUGGUUUUCAGUGUCCUGAGAUGCUCAGUAACAAGCCAUGGAACUACCAGGUUGAUUACUAUGGAGUUGCUGCAUCAAUAUAUUGUAUGCUCUUUGGCACUUACAUGAAAGUAAAAAAUGAAGGAGGAGUCUGGAAACCUGAAGGUCUUUUUAGAAGGCUUCCUCAUUUGGAUAUGUGGGAGGAAUUCUUUCACAUCAUGUUGAAUAUACCGGAUUGUCAUAAUCUUCCAUCUUUGGAUUUUCUGAGACAAAAGAUGAACAAGUUACUUGAACAACAAUAUUCCAACAAAAUUAAGACCUUGCGCAAUAGGCUAAUUGUGCUUCUUUCAGAAUAUAAGCGUUCAAAAAAAUAAAAUAUGAAUAUGGACCUUCUCCAAAACAUACUUUGUAAAUUUAAACUCUCACUUUGGAUCCUAUUUUUUCAUACUUAUUAUUUAUGUAUGUUAAAAAAUAAAGCUCAUAUGAUACACCC